GGUCCGCCGCACACCGCCUUUCUCUCGCCCAGGUGCUGCCAGGCGCGCUCGCCCUUCGUCCGGCCCCCGCACCCUGGUGGAAACGCACAGCCUGCCCCCGCCCCGCCCUGCCUCGCCCGGAUCAUGCAGGGGGCCCCGGAGGAGGAGGGGGCCAGUGACCGGUCUGCGGAGACCUCGUUUAGGGGGCGGGUCCCUCUCUGAGACGCCCCCGCCCGCUGCCAUGUGCUACCUCCUUGGGUACCCAGCCUAUCUCCAAACUUUCCCGAUGCCAGCCCAGCUCUGAGUCGCGGUUCUGAGUGAAGUGUCCCACAGACGGAGGACCCAGGCUGGCUACGGACUAUCUGCUUCUCUCGGGAUCCUCGGAGAGUACUUUCGCUGGAAUCUAGAGCCCUAACCGUCCCUCUCAACCCUAUUCGGCGAAGAGCUGGAGAGGCAGCAGAGGCAGCGCCUUUCUGAAACAGUUUAUCUUUGGACGGAUUUCUUUAAAAGAAAAAGAAACCAACAGGUUGCCAGUUCCGGCGCCACACAAGUCUGCGGAGAGGGAAGCCGCGGUCCCGGUUUCCCCUGCUUGAGCUGGCCCCUUGCGGGCUGCGGCAGGCGAGGGGAGGGAGGGGGCUAUGGCUCGGCCUGACCCGUCCGCUCCGCCUUCGCUGUUGCUAUUGCUUCUGGCGCAGCUGGCGGGCCGGGCGGCGGCCGCCUCCAAGGCCCCGGUGUGCCAGGAAAUCACAGUGCCCAUGUGCCGCGGCAUCGGCUAUAACCUGACGCACAUGCCCAACCAGUUCAACCACGACACGCAGGACGAGGCGGGCCUGGAGGUGCACCAGUUCUGGCCGCUGGUGGAGAUCCACUGCUCGCCGGACCUGCGCUUCUUCCUGUGCUCCAUGUACACGCCCAUCUGCCUGCCGGACUACCACAAGCCGCUGCCGCCCUGCCGCUCCGUGUGCGAGCGCGCCAAGGCCGGCUGCUCGCCGCUCAUGCGCCAGUACGGCUUCGCCUGGCCGGAACGCAUGAGCUGCGACCGCCUCCCAGUGCUGGGCCGCGACGCCGAGGUCCUGUGCAUGGAUUACAAUCGCAGCGAGGCCACCACGGCGCCCCCCAGGCCCUUACCGGCGAAACCCACCCUCCCAGGCCCGCCGGGGCCAGCCUCGGGGGGCGACUGCGCCGCCGGGGGCCCAGCGGUGUGCAAGUGCCGUGAACCCUUCGUGCCCAUUCUGAAAGAGUCGCACCCGCUUUACAACAAGGUGCGGACCGGCCAGGUACCCAACUGUGCGGUACCCUGCUACCAGCCGUCCUUCAGCCCCGACGAGCGCACGUUCGCCACCUUCUGGAUCGGCCUGUGGUCUGUGCUGUGCUUCAUCUCCACUUCCACCACGGUAGCCACCUUCUUAAUAGACAUGGAACGCUUCCGUUACCCUGAGCGCCCCAUCAUCUUCUUGUCAGCCUGCUACCUGUGCGUGUCGCUGGGCUUCCUGGUGCGCCUGGUCGUGGGCCAUGCCAGCGUCGCCUGCAGCCGCGAGCACAGCCACAUCCACUAUGAGACAACGGGCCCUGCGCUGUGCACUGUUGUCUUUUUACUGGUCUACUUCUUCGGUAUGGCCAGCUCCAUCUGGUGGGUCAUCCUGUCGCUCACCUGGUUCUUGGCGGCUGGCAUGAAGUGGGGCAACGAGGCCAUUGCUGGCUAUGCGCAGUACUUCCACCUGGCCGCGUGGCUCAUUCCCAGUGUCAAGUCCAUCACUGCUCUGGCACUGAGCUCCGUGGAUGGGGACCCGGUGGCCGGCAUCUGCUACGUGGGCAACCAGAACCUGAACUCGCUACGCGGCUUCGUGCUGGCCCCGCUGGUGCUCUACCUGCUGGUGGGCACGCUCUUCCUCCUGGCUGGCUUCGUGUCUCUCUUCCGCAUCCGCAGUGUCAUCAAGCAGGGUGGCACCAAGACGGACAAGCUGGAGAAGCUCAUGAUCCGUAUUGGCAUCUUCACACUACUCUACACGGUGCCCGCCAGCAUCGUGGUGGCCUGCUACCUGUACGAACAGCAUUAUCGCGAGAGUUGGGAGGCUGCGCUCACCUGCGCGUGCCCAGGUCCAGAUGCCGGCCAGCCGCGCGCCAAGCCCGAGUACUGGGUUCUCAUGCUCAAGUACUUCAUGUGCCUCGUGGUGGGCAUCACGUCGGGCGUCUGGAUUUGGUCCGGCAAGACUGUGGAGUCGUGGCGCCGCUUCACC